UCAAAGCCCAUUCCUUUGUCUUAAAAGACCAUACUUUUUUAAUAUUUUCUUGUCAUGUAUUUGGAAUAUAAUAUUGGGUUGGCUUAGUUUUUAACCUUUUUUAUUUAUUUGUUUCCCAUAUUUGAUCUUGUGGUGGAUUUGCUAUUUUUUGUGUGUCAAAGUGGAAGAAACCACCCAUGUUAUGUACCCGUCUUGGUGCUCUCAAUUCAGCUGAUUUUGUCUCUCUGAUUGUGGAUUGAAUCAUUGGUUGCAGUUUUUUUCUCUUUGAGAUCUGCUACUUUCUUGUUUUUCUGAUUCUGGGUUCUCACCUUAAGAAGGAUAUUGAAAAUCACAACCCCAGAAAGUGAAGUUUCAUGAGCAAAGUAGGAACUUGUAUUGAUCACAUGGUGCUUGACCUGAAUUCCUAAGAGAAGGCUUGUUCCAAUUUUCCGGGAGAUGCAAAGAUGGAGAAGAAACAAAAGAUUGUGCAGUAUAGAGAAAGACUUGAUAGGACCCUUGCCUCACCUGAUCUUACAAAUGAUGAGAUGCUCAAAAGACUCGUCGAAAGCCAACUUGUAUGUUCUUCGGAACAAGAAGUAGAAGGAUACAAGCAGAAGUUGGUAGAAAUGAAGACUGCAGAGAUAUCUAAUUUUCUUGAUAUGUUAAGGAGUGCUUCUUCAGAUGAUAGCGGAAGGUCUAAUACAUCGCACGCUGAUUGGAAAUUAAAACAAGAUACUGAUGAGUUCCGUGUCAUGUAUCGGGAAGGACCAGAGGGAACUCCGUUUCAUACAUUGCUAGUUGAAGGCUAUGUAGAUGCACCUCUUGAUGUUUGUUUAUGCAUCUCAUGGGAGGCCUCUCUCUACAAAAAAUGGUGGCCUCAAUCUACUGUUCCAACUUUCAAAAUCCUAGCAUGCGAAUGUUUGCACAAGGUCCGGAUUGGGGAACAAAUAUCACUAGUGAGGAUGAAGGUUUCAUGGCCACUGUCUAUGAGGGAGGCUAUAGUGUACUACUAUCUGUUUGAGUACUUUCAAGAUGACUUAAUAGUCGUUCUUACAAAUUCGGUUCCUGAGUCAAAUGGUGUCAAUUCGACCAUCAACGGUUUGAAUGAGGUGAUUCCUGAAGCAAAGGAUGUUGUGAGAGUUGAUUUGGUAGGGGGAUUUGCAUUGCAGAAGGUGACAUCAGAAAGAAGUUACUUUCGGACAAUAGCAAAUAUGGACAUAAAGCUGGAUUUUGUGCCUCCAUCUCUCAUAAACUUCAUUUCAAGGCAGUUGAUUGGCAAUGGUUUCAGGCUUUACAAGAAGACUGUGGCUUCUAUGAUGAGCCAUGGUGAAGAAGAAUUGAGCAAGGCAUUGGGGGAUCCAUUAUAUGUCAGAAUUCGUGAAUCUCUAUAUAGCAGUAACGGAUCAAAGGCUAAGGUCAAUGAAGAGCUUGAGCUUAAACAAGAUGCGGAUAUUCUCCCUGCUGAAGAGGACCUUAUUGAAAGUAAGCAAGAUAAGGCAAAGGUUGCAGCUGAAGAGGAUAAGAGCAAUCGAUAUGCAAAUAGUACCACGUCGAUGGUGGUGAAUGGAGUAGUAGCAGAUAGCAGCAAAACAUUCAGUGAGAUCAUUGAAGUAGAUAGUGAAGAAAUUAUACAAAUUGCAGAGGAGGAUAAGGAAGUAAAUGACAUUCCAAAAGAGGAAGUUGACAUUAGUGUGUUGAAGAGCACAAAGAGUGUAUAUAUCAGCUCAGAGGUAGCACAAGCUCUAGAAACACUAGACAAGGCUAUUUCAGUGGUUCGGCAAUACAAGCUUCAUUCGCGUACAUCCUCUUUUAGCUUUCCAACCGAGAAGCCUCCUUCGAUGAACAAUGAUGGCUGGGUUGAUCUGCAUUCAGCAGAGUUUACUAGCCCAAGUUCAAGAAAUGAGGUUGCUGUUGAAGUAACAAAUAGGGAUAUACCGGAGGGAACUUCGCAAGAAGCAACUAGCAUUAACUCUGACUUCAGGUACACAGGAACAAAUUCUAACUCAAAUGCAGUAGAUUCUAACAUACCAACAUCACCGGAGAAGAGAGCAACAACGCCGGCCUUAUCGAAAGAUAUGGUAACUUUGGACCAAACAAUAUGCAAUAACAAGCAACUAAAAUUUGAUUCGGUUCAAGAUAUGUCUCUAGACGACCCUAAUAAGUCAAGUGAUAAGAAAAAAAUAAACACCAUUGUACCCCAAGACAUGUCCUCAAACUUGUCGAAGGAGCCGAGCAGGCGGCGAAGAAAGCUUGCAUACUUGUGUUUUCUGCUUUAGCUAAGUUUCUAGGUAAAUACCAAAUGACAGAAGCCUAGAAAGAAAAAGAAAAAAGGCUUUUCAGUUUCAUCUUGUGAACUUGUAUGUUACUUGUAAUAUAAAAAGCUUCUUUGGUUUAAAUUUUCCUCAUUGAAAUGAGCCAUUUAAGGCACAUUUAUAUGGCAGUUUACAAGCCUCAAAUGGUGUGCAAAGUGCAAACCACAAAACAAAAAUGUUCUGAGCCAAAAGGGUUGUUCCCUUCAGUUUUUGUUUAAAUUGUGUUUUCUCUUUUACUUUUCUAGCUGCAAUAUUGUAAUGUGUAACCUUAUAUUAUUCUUUAGCUUUUCAAUCUAUCUAUCUUCAAAGUUAUAUUUGGAUGC